AUGUAUGCAGUCUUUUCACUUAUUCGGCCGAACACCGAAAAUGCCUGUGAUAUGACACUGGAUCCAAACACAGUGCACACUCAACUCAUCCUUUCUGAAGGGAACAGAAAAAUAACAUGUGUGAAAGAGCAUCAGCCGUAUCCUGAUCAUUCAGAGAGAUUUGAGCGCUUUGAGCAGAUUCUGUGUAGAGAGAGUCUGACUGGACGCUGUUACUGGGAGGCUGAAUGGAGCGGCUCGGGUCAUGUAGCAGUGGCAUAUAAAGGAAUCAACAGGAAGGGAGGAAUUGAUUGUUGGUUUGGACUCAAUGAAAAGUCCUGGAAUAUUUACUGUUGUGAUAUGAUUUACACUGUCUGGCACAAUAAUAAGAGCACAGAUAUUCCUCGCUCUUCAUCCUCUCAUAGAGUAGGAGUGUAUCUGGACUGGUCGGCCGGCACGCUGUCCUUCUACAGCAUCUCUGACACACACACACUCACACACUUACACACAUUCAACACCACAUUCACUGAACCCCUCUAUGCUGGGUUUAAGGUUUAUUCUGAUUCUUCAGUGUUUCUAUGUCAGAUUUAACAAUAUAUUUCUUAACCCUUUGACGCGUACGAUCACACCGGUGUGAUUAGAACGUUCAGUGCGUCACGUGAUCAACUGCCGAACUCAAAUCUGCUUUGGCUGGCGCUGAGCACUUGCCAUAUUAUCACAAAUAUUCAGUGUUUUCAACCAUUUAAUGCUUAUUUUAGGUUUCAGACAUUUAAACACACAUACUAGCAAAACCAUAGAUUUAUAGUUUGUAAAAUACGUGCUGAUUUCUAUGGAAAUGGCAAUAAUGAUCAUGUUUUUAUUGAAAUCAUAUACAGAUUGUGUAGGUAACUAUAAAGUUUACUCUGCUCUUCUCC